AGCUAUUUUCGGCCGUAUGGCGGUAGCAUAUAUACCACGGCGACAGAGCGAUGUGGGAUUAAUGUCCGACGACGACGACCAGGCUGGGACAGCUGUACCGAUGUAUUACCUACCUUGGAUUAGAUAGCAGAAAUAUGUUUCGCUGUGUUAAACCAUUAGAGGUUGAGGAGGGUCACCCCGUCAUCCGGAAGAAGCUGGUGGUUGUUGGUGAUGGGGAGUGUGGCAAGACCUGCCUCCUAUAUAGAUUCAACAAGGGAGUGUUCCACACCAACGGCUACCUCCCCACCGUCUUCGACUCCGACGUCACAGAAGUAAUCUAUAAAAAUAAAACAGUUAAACUGUCGCUGUUCGACACGGCCGGGCAAGAAGACUAUGAUCGUCUGCGCCCCAUCUGUUACCCGGAUACUGAUGUGAUUCUCGUCUGCUUCUCCGUGGACAACCCAGACAGUCUCCAGAACGUGGAACACACGUGGGUGCCGGAAGUCCGAGAUUUCUGCGGGAAUGUACCCAUCCUACUUGUAGGCACCAAGUCGGACCUGAGGGAGGACUAUGAAAAUGCCAAUGUUACCUGUAUAAAGCAGGGGCCGGUGAAGUAUCGAGAAGGAAUGGCAAUGGCUGCCAGAAUAGGAGCUACUGGAUACCUGGAGUGCUCUUCUAAGACAAAUGAAGGUGUAAGACAAGUAUUUGAGAACGCCAUUUCGUCGUCAAUGACGUCCAAAAAAGGUCGGAAACUGUUUCGAAGAUUCCGGAAGAGAGGUAACUGAUAUUCAUGUUGUUUGGAUAAAGUUCUUGUUUUGGAAAUGGCCAAAGGUGUUUGAGUUUCGGGCGAUUCCAAACGCCCUUGUGUCCUGAAGAUGAGACGCUGGCGAUAAUGGUGGUGUCAAAAAUGGCAACACGGUGCUUCGUCGGAUCGAAACAGAACCGUUUCCUGUCUUGUCAGAUACACAGACCGCAGCCAGUCAAGUGUGGAAGAAACAACGCUGAGUGUGACAAAUCCAUAAUAUUCUGACGUGCUCACUGACACGCUCUACAGCUCACCGAAUAUGACAGUGUGUGGAGUUUGAUUCGCACGUUUAUGAUAGACCAAAGGAAGGCAUGCUUGGAAUCCUUGAUGCAACAGACUCCGUGAUUGUUAAAUGCACUCAUUGACUAUAUGAUCUCGUUCACUUAUUAUUGAAAUAUGUUUGCAUUUGUGCUUCAAGACCUUUUCAACGAAAACAGCAAAAAACAAACGGAAUUUGAAUUAUCCUUGUUUGCGUUGUUGUUGGCUGUAAACGUGUUAUACAUGUAUUCCCGAUGGAGGACGUUAUAUUUAUACAACCACACCCGUUUUACACUACACUUUGAAUAAAUAAUUUAUUAAACU